AUGGAUUCAACGGAACAAAUCCAGAAUAUGCUGGUCAGCACAGUCGCUGCGAAUGUUGAUGGAAUCAUGCUGCAUAAGCUCGAAAGUACAUUCAAGUGGGUUGAGAUAAAAAGUUAGGUCAUUGCUUAGGUCUGAUUGGGAUCAGGAUCUGAAGGACCACUUUGACAAGUUAGGUGUGUCCAAUAUCACGGAACUUGUCCUUUCCAUGAAAAACAGACUCCAACUUCUUGGGAAUAUAAUUUAUCAAGUGAACGACGGAAAUAUUCAGGACGUGGUCGACCUCAUCACCGAAUCGAAGUAAGUUGUAUCUCUUGAUUUCAGCUACUAUUUUAGAACAAUCAAUAUCGAAGAGAAAAAUCAGAAGAAUGCGAUGAAGGCUAGACAGCGCGAAAGAGAAAAAGGAAGGUCGACGUACAAAAAUAGUACAUCUGUAAACGUCAACCAAAGGGCAAAGUCCUUCUUCUCCUCCAGCAACGCUAUUGUGAAGCCCAUAAAGGCAAGCGGUUUUCACCUUUUUGGUCGUAUGUUUGAUUGCGUAACGGAACUUUGAAUUUUCAGUCGGUGGGCAGGAUCAACGGGAAUGAGGUCCCGUUACCUCCAGGAAAGUUCUUUAACUCUACAUAUUCUCCAGCCCCAAAGUCAUCUAAUGUCUCGGUCCUUGACCUCUUCACAAGUGGUUUGAAAAAGUCUGACGCAGUCACGAACAUCACUGGGCCGUCGAUUGCAACUCCAUAUUUUUGCUCAACAGGUCCGUCUACUUCGAAGACUUAUAAUUAUGGCAAUCCGCACAUUCCAUUCUUCACCUCACUCACUCCCCCAAAUCCAUCGUCUGUACCGCGUGGAUUUGGUGUUUCCAAUACAGUCGAAGACGAGUUGGAUGGAGCAGCUACACUACCGGAAAAACCGACUUUCGGGAACGCGCGAUAUAAUAGCGACAUGUUCUUUAAGCCGGGGCAUAGGAAUGAGCUCGAGGCAAAAUUCGGGAUCAGUUCGGAUCAAGUGAGCUUCGCGAAGACGGAUCCUCCGAAACAACAACGGGUACCGGAGGAGAAUCCGUUUGGGAAGUAUCCAGUGACACCAUCAGAUGCCGAAUUCGGGGUUCCGCAGAGCCGAAAGCCUGUGAAUGGAACCGGAAACUUCAAAUUCAUUCCAAAAAAAAUUGCCGCAGGCGACAGUAAUAGAAAAAAGAAUGUUGCCUCUGUUCCAGAUGGUUACAAGAAGAGUAUCGCUGGGUUCAUCCAGUCCAACGGCAGAAAUAUGCGCAUGCCACCGGUUCCGCGUACGGUGUCCAGGGUUGCCCGAUUUGCCGCCUCGAUGAGCGCAACUGAACCUGCGAGAAAGGUAUUGGAUCCUGAUUGGGUAUGUUAUAACUAAAUGGAGGCCGGGAAAAAUGCAGGGAUUAUUUAUAGUUAUAUUUUAUUUAGCAAUCUAAAUUUAGCAAAAGUAACGAACAAUAUCAGUAACUUUUAUUUUUUGUAUGUAUUUAAUCAGUUUCAAAAUACCUUUUCUUUUGGCGGCGAUACAGUGGUUCAAACGCUAUCUGUUUAGCGUUGAACUCCUUGGCUAUUCGGCACACUCAUCUGUCGCUAAUGUCACGGGCGAUUUUUCUGGAAGAUCGCAUAUUUUCCUGUUGAUGAUCUUCUAUGCCGAGCACAUUAACAAUUCGAACAGUUCCAAAAUCGAGUCACUUUGUUUGACAUUCAAAAAACGUGUUACAUAAUCCAUAUGGACAUGAAAAAGAAACCACUAGUACAGAAAAAUACGGAGAAUUUAAUAGUCGGAGUAUCGUUUGGCUACACUUAAAAGUUUUUGCAUUAUGACCCGUGAAAGAAACUCCUGCAUUUUUUGCGACCACCCUGUAUUGCGUCAUUACGAUGAUUUUUAGUAUAAUGUCAUGAAAUGUGUGAACAUUAUCAAGGAACGAGGGAAGGUGAAGACCAAAACUCUGGAGAAACUGGUCGAGCAGGAAUUUGGCUGUUCACUCGACAAGGCAUUUGUAAGUUUAAGUUGUGCACCAUAAUACAUUGUUGCAGAUGAAAAAAGUCUUUGGGGUGGAAAUUCCGUUUCUAACCAAAGCCUUGCUGAUGAUGAAGGACACUGUGUUUAGAUACAACCCUCUGGCUGAUUGUUUUGAACUCAAGUGUCCUUGUAGGUUCUAGAUUGGAUUGAACAUCGUUUUAGAUGAAGAGAUUGUUGAGAAAUUCGAAGCCAUGAAGAAACCACAGGAAUUGGAAGAAACUUCCAAGGGUGAUGAAAAAGAAGAAACAACGGUUUCAGAAGCUUUGACUAAUCAUGAUCAAGAAGCACUUCCCUCGAGUUUAGAGGAAGUCUCUGUUAAGGAUGAGCCACUAAUUUCAGAAGAGGAUCUGUCCACUGCGACAGAAGGGGAAGCUGCUUCGUCCAUUAAAGAGAUGCCCGAUGCCGGUGAGCCGUCUUCCACGAAGGUUUCGGAGAUUUUGAACGAUGGCUUUGACAUAACCGAGAGGACGAAUGAGACAAUCUUCUCACAUUCGGCGUUUGAACGGUACAGAAAUUGUAAUGUGGAGGCAGCGCCAAAUUCGAUGGGUAGUUAUCGCCAAAAACAAGUUUCCGAGUCCGGGUCUGAUCAUAGUCAGAGUGCCUUGGACAUCAUCAAUCAAAUCGUUUUGCCGGAUGAAGCCAAAGACUUUGACAGUAUGACAAAUACAAUUACUGAAAUCGAUGGAACCGCGUUCUAUGUUAAUGUAGGUUUUAUUGCGACUUUCACUAUUAGUUUAGAAAACCAUUCGUACUCUUCUGAUGGUGGUCAUGCAAUUUGAUGAAAACGAGAAGAUUACAAUCCCAAAGAUCGCCGAGGCUCUCCUUUACGAAUCUCGGGGUCAAAUGGAAUUAACUGUGGAAUUGGUAGGCCAUCAUCUUGCGUUUCAUACUCUUGACUUUAGAUGAAUGAGGCGUUCGGAUUGAAGGUGUCGACUGUUGAAGAAGCCUUCAAAAGCCUUCCUCAAUUCUUUUCCUACAUCGAUGGCGAGAUUGCAUUGGAUUCUUUCCUGCCGUAUUUCCUUGAGGAGGGGUAUACUCUUGUCUUUGACAAGUAUAACAGAAUCCGUGAUGGAGACCAGAUGCUUAGGAUUAGCCCUUCUUGUAUCCAGAACGCCGCGACAGUGAAAGAAUAACAACAUCUAACUUCUCAAAUUAUUUUUUAAUAUUGUUGCUUUUUUAUUUGUCUGAUUCCCCCAGUUUUACAUGUGCUUUAUUCAUCAUAUAUUUACAUAAGCUGAUGGGGAUAAGACGCAAUUUUACUAAAAUUAAAUUUUUGUACUUACAUCGGUUUGCCGCGGUAGUUUUGAUACGCGUUUGUACGGUUUAAUACAUACCUUUUUCGAUUUUCUUAAGUUGUGAAUUUCAGAUGACCGAUUUCUUCCAAAGCAAUGGUUUUUCCAAGUCUAGCGGCACCCGUGGUGGAUUCAAUUUGAGCGAUGGUGAAGGUUCCGACAAUGACAACGCCAAGUCCAGAUUGGGACGUUCGAUCGGGCCCGGAUCAUCUAUGUUCUUCAGGCCCAGGAGUGGGUCAAUGAGUUCGUCCAGAAGAGUUUGUCGAAUGGAAUCGUCUUUCAAAGACGAGGCCUAUGGAGGAAAAGGAAUGUGGGGAAUUCAAGCAACUUGGGAAGGGAGCACCGAGAAGAGUCCAAUGGAACUAGUCUACACUGAAUGCCCUCUCAACCAUCUCCAUGAGUCGAACCAUUAUGAUACUGAAUGUAGGUUUGAUUCCCUUGGAAAGAAAAAUAGUACCCUUAUUUUUCAGACCCAUUAAACUCCGUCUUCGCUCCUUUCACCGAUGGACUAAAGGAAGACGAGAAGGUCUUCCCGAUGGCUCAUCCGGCACACCCAGAGCAAUACCACGACUUUUUAAGAGCUCGCGAGAUCGUGAUCAGCAUCCUCAAUAAUGAACGAUAUCGGCUCGAAAGAGGACAGCGCAGACUCCGGAGACUCAGCCGUGGUACUGAUAUCGACUCGUCCUCUGAAUACGACUUUUGA